AAUGUAAGAUGAAUAUGAUGAUCAUGGAGAAGAUAAUUUCUAAGAUGAUGAAGAGUAUGAUCAAUUUAAUUAAAUUGAUUAGAUGGAUCAUAAUUAAUUUGAUAGUUGUAUGAUUUCACAUUAAUAUUUAAGCAUAGAAUGAAAAGAAUUAAUAGGACUUAAAAUAUGGAAAUAAUGCAGCUGAAUAAUAGAAACAAAUAGAAGAUAAAAUAUCAGAAGAUCUAGAAGAGAAACUUAAAAUGUUAGAGGAGUAUUCCAAAGAUAAAAGUGAAGAACAAAUUUUGAAUAUAAGAAUGCAUUAAUUGGCUUUAGCAAAAGUACAUUAUCAUAUUAAUUAAGAUACUUGUGUUUACUCAUAAUAAAGGACAAUUCAAAUUAGUCAAAGCACAUACAAAUAUAGGUGAAGCAUAUCUUAAUUAUAAGUGUUAUGAAUAAGCUAUUGAUCAUCUUACAUUAGCAUUAAAAAAGAAUAGCAAAUUAUUUAAUGAAGAAUCAGAGAGUAAGAGUUAUAAUUCAAUCAUUCUUACAUUACUUGGAAAAUGUUAUUUAGAAAUUAAUAGUUAUGAGGAAUCCUUAGAUUUAUUGAAAAAGGCUUAUGAAACCCAAUGUUAAAUAUAUGGGGAUGAAACUGAACACUCUAUCUAAACUUUAACUUUAAUGUCUAAUUGCCACAUGUAAACUAUUAAUUAAUUGUUUUUUAUUAGAAAAAUGAAAGAUUUUGAUGCAAGUGAAGAAUGUAUUACUAAAGUCUUUGCUAUCACUGAAGCCAAAUAUGGAUAUAAAUCAGAACAAAGUGCAAUUUCAUAUAUUGAAAAAUCAAAAAUAUAUGCAUGUUAAGAAAAUUGGAAAGAUGCUAUUGAAUGUUUGUCAAGUGCUAUUGAUAUGUUGAUUGAAAUUAAUUAUCAAAAAACUGAAUAUGUGGCAGAAUUAUAUCAUUAAUUAUCUACUUAUUAUGAAAAGAUUUAAUAAAUUGAUGAAUAAAUUGCUUGUCUAUCAAAAGUGAAAUAAAUUUAUAUUGAAUUAUACACAACAUAAGAUAAAAAGGUCAUCAAAAUUAAAAGAUAAAUAGCCAUUAUAUAAUUAAAAUAAGAAAAACAUUAAGAUGCCUUGGCUGAACUAUAUGAGACUGAAGACUUAGAAGUUAAAGUUUAUGGAGAAGGAAGUGUGUAAGUAGCUAAAACAUAGAAAAUAAUAGGUAGUUUUUAAUUUAAUCAAAAAAGGAACCAUUUUGUUAUUAGUAUAAGAAUUUAGAGAUGCUUUGAAUUAUUUCUAAAAGAGUUUAAAAACAUUUGAAGAGAAUGGAAUGAAAAAAGCAGUUGCAGAAGUGAAAUAAAAGAUAAAAUGUGCUAAAGAAAUGAAAGAGAAAGGGAAAACACAAUUUAAUCUUAAAGAUAAAUAAAGUUUAAUGUAAGAUUAUUGA